AAUGAAUAAUUCAGAUAAGAUCUCAUGGUAUCCUGGACAUAUGAAAAGAGCUAUGGAACAUUUAGAAAAGAGAAUAUAAGAUGUAUAAUUAUUUUUAGAAUUGAGAGAUGCUCGGGUACCUUUUUCAUCAAAAAAUUAUCAUUUUGAUAAUUUAAUGUAAGCUCAUAAUAAAGAGAAGAUUAUCAUAUUUAAUAAAUUUGAUUUAUGCAAUUAAGAUAUUACUAAUAAAAUAAUAGAGAAAUAUAAAAGAGUGGGAAUUUAAUGUAUAGCUACAUCUGCAAGGGAGAGAUUGAAUUUAAGAGAAUUGAUUAUGAUGACUAAUACAUAUAAAUCAGCUAAAUUUGCAACUGUAGGUAUGUGGUUAAUGAUUUGUGGAAUGCCUAAUGUUGGAAAAUCUACAAUAAUUAAUUAAUUAAGAUAAACAACUCCAAAAUUAAAUAAAAGAAAAGCUAUAGCAAAAUCUACAGCAAGCCCUUGUACUACUAAAAAUGUAGCAGGAAUUAAAAUAUGUGAUGAACCUUUAGCAUAUUUGGUUGAUUCUCCUGGUGUAAUGAUCCCAAAUAUUACAGAAGAAGAACAAGGUCUUAAAUUAGGAGUAAAACAUAACAAAUAAUCUUUGAAUAGUUGGUUGGAUGUAUUAAAGAUAAAGUUGUUACCAAAGAAAGAAUGUUAGACUAUUUAGUAAGAGAGAUGAAUUAAUAAUAGAUGGAAAAGUAUUAUAAAAUUUAUGGUCUAAAUGAAAGACCUAAAACAGGUGGUUAAUAUAUGUUGGCUGUAAGAGAAAGAUAUAAUCAUUAUAAUUAUGAGACUACAAUUGAUUUUAUAUUAAAUGGAUUCAGGAUAGGCAAAUUAGGAAAUAUUACUUUAGACAGUGUAGAAUUAUUAAAUUGAGUAUUCUAGAACAUUUAUUAAAGGAAAUAAAUCCUAAAAUUAAAUGCAUAUAAAUAAAUUUAUUCCAAAUGUCCUUCUAUCCAGGAUUCUACCCAUCAUACACAUAACCACUUGCAGCAUCCUUUGCAGCACCUCUUGCUUAUCCUUAAGCAUCAAUUGUUAGACCAGUUGCAACAACUCCAAUUUAUACAUCUCCAGCCCCUAUUUAUACAGCUCCUGCUCCAGUUGUCACUUAAUCAGUUGUCUAACCAGUAGUUUAAUCUGUUGUGCAACCAGUUGUUGCUGCUCAACCAACAAUCAAGGGAGAAUCCAGAGUUGAAUAUAGAGAGUAUUAAAGACCAGUUGUUGAGUAUGAGACUGAGACUAUUGAGGUUAAAAAGCCUGUGACAAAAUAUGUUACAGAUUAUUACCCAGUAGAAUAUUAAACAGAUUAUAUUCCAAGAACAGUCUAUGAAACAUAAACAGAAUAUGUACCUGUAUAAAAAACAGUUCCAAGAGUUGAAUAUGAAGCAGUGGAGAGAUAAGUUUAAAGAGUUGUAAGAAGUAUUAGUGAAAUGUUUAGCCUGCUGCCCCUGUUCAAUAUGCUCCUGCUCCUUUAAGUUAUUCAGUUGUACAACCAGUUCAAUAAGUUGUCACCUAACCUGUAGCAUCAUAUACCACUCCUUUAACUUAUUCUACAGUAAGACCAGCAUAUUAUGGAGGAUACCCAUAUUAUUAUUGAU